UCCUGGGAGGCUGCGUUGAAUUGAGAGGGGCCAGGCUUGGGCACACUGAAGGCUCAGGCAGUCCUGACAAGUCCUCCCGGUUGCCUUCAGACCCAGAAGUGGUUAAUCAGAUUCCCUGAGGCCUGUUUCUGGGCUAAGAGUUCCCGAAGCUCCUGCCAGGGGAGUUAGCUCCUGCACACAGGCCGGCCCAUCAAAUUCUGCAAUUGUUCAGUCCGGGUCAUUCCGACCUCUCUGCUCCUGGAGAAUGUAUUUACCGGGCAAUCAAAGAUCUAUUCCUACAUGAGCCCCAACAAAUGCUCUGGAAUGCGUUCCCCCCUUCAGGAAGAGAACUCAGUUGCACAUCACGAAGUCAAAUGCCAGGGGAAGCCAUUAGCAGGACUCUACAGGAAACGAGAAGAGAAGAGAAACAGUGGGAACGCAGUACGGAGCGCCAUGAAGUCCGAGGAACAGAAGCUCAAAGACGCCAGGAGGGGUCCCCUGGCACCUUUUCCAAACCAAAAAUCCGAAGCAGCAGAACCUCCAAAAACUCCGACCUCUUCUUGUGAUCCUGCCAUUGCCGCCAUCGCCAAGCAAGCCCUGAAAAAGCCCGUCAAGGGCAAACAGGCCCCGCGGAAGAAAGCUCAAGGGAAGACCCAGCAGAAUCGCAAACUCACGGAUUUCUACCCGGUGCGGAGGAGCUCCAGGAAGAGCAAAGCUGAGCUGCAGUCUGAAGAAAGGAAAAGAAUAGACGAGUUGAUUGAAAGCGGGAAGGAAGAAGGAAUGAAGAUUGACCUCAUCGACGGCAAGGGCAGGGGAGUGAUCGCCACCAAGCAGUUCUCCCGGGGCGAGUUUGUGGUCGAGUACCACGGGGACCUCAUCGAGAUCACCGACGCCAAGAAGCGGGAGGCUCUGUACGCCCAGGACCCAUCCACAGGCUGCUACAUGUACUAUUUUCAGUAUCUGAGCAAAACCUACUGCGUGGAUGCGACUCGAGAGACAAAUCGCCUGGGAAGACUGAUCAAUCACAGCAAAUGCGGGAACUGCCAGACCAAACUGCACGACAUCGACGGCGUGCCUCACCUCAUCCUCAUCGCCUCCCGCGACAUCAAGGCUGGGGAGGAGCUCCUGUAUGACUAUGGGGACCGCAGCCGGGCUUCCAUCGAAGCGUACCCCUGGCUGAAGCAUUAACCUCCCCCCCCUUCUUCCAUGGACAAAGUGCCCUCAAAGGGAAUUGAUUUUUUUUUUUUUUUUACACACUUAAUCUUAGCAGAUUACUUCAGAUGUUUUUAAAAAGUAUAUUAAGAUGCCUUUUCACUGUAGUAUUUAAAUAUCUGUUACAGGUUUCCAAGGUGGACUUGAACAGAUGGCCUUAUAUUACCAAAACUUUUAUAUUCUAGUUGUUUUUGUACCUUUUUUGCAUACAAGUCACACGUUCGUGCUUCCCGUGCAUGCAGUCAGAGACGCAGCACAGGUUGUAGAGGAAAGAGUGAACAUGAACUCGGAAGCUGGGUGACUCCCGCCUCCCACCGAAGAGCCAGGACUCUCCUCCCCACACCCCUCGGGCCAUGGGCGGGUGACGCCGCCUCCCGGGCCCGGCCUGGGUGUUCCCAAGCUCUUGUUUUCCUGACGUCUGGACAGGCGCACAUGGAAGUGUAUGAAUAUUUUUUAAAAAAGGUUUCGCAGUAAGCUAGUCUUCCCCUCUGCUUUCUCGAAAGCUUACUGACCCUGUGGCCCCCAGGCGCGGGCCAGGCCUAGGUUUACUCUUCCACAGGCUGCCGCUUUUCUGGGCACCUCGAAGCAUCAGGGCGGGUAAUCAGAGUAGAUGUGGGCAGGGAAAAGCAUUGCUUGCUCACCCUGCUGGGGCAGGGUUUCCCAAAACUGGGUUAAUUCUUUAUAGAAAUGUGAACACUGAAUUUAUUUUAAAAAAGAAUAAUAAUAAAAAGUAAAAAAAUGUAAAAAAGACAAAAAAAAAGAAAAAACCACAGAAAACAACUUACAUGUAUAUAGGUCUUGAAGUGAGUGGCUGCGUUUUUCUUCUUUCUUUCCUUCUUUCUUCUUCUUCUUUUUUUUUUUUUUUUUUGGUUUUGGGUUUUUUUGGUUUUUGUAGAGGAGAUUUGAGAAGGUACUCUAUUCUAAUCAAAAAUAAAAGUUUUGUAGCGGGA